GCCAGCACACCUGACGAAAGUCCUCAAACACCUGACGAUGGCGACGAUCUUGCUCCCUGGAGCGUCACUUGGUCCGGGCAAAAACUUCCUCCCGGCAGUUGAGAGCGCUAAACGUACAGAUGCGUGUCCACUGCCGAGCCAACCGGCUCAGUUUGAUGCCGGGCAGCCGCUAAGGGGCCUGACGAUCAGUGAAAUAGAGGAGAAGCUAAGGGUCCUGUGUCACAACCGAAACCCACGGCUUCUGCUCGGCCUGGCAGAGCUGAACGUCCAGCAGCAUCAGUCCUGGGUCCGCCUGGCCCAUUUCCUGAUUCUGAGGGCCAACGAGCUUCACCAAGAGCCCGGUCGUGUCAGGCGUGUGUUAGAAUGGCCAAUCAACCAGGCAAGGGCUCGACCGGUGAUGACGUCAGCCGUGACCGUGCUUGUUUUGGCCGUCUUGGUGAUCGUUUUCAUCACAGUACCAGACAACUGUGGCGGACAGUUCAAACCGAACAUGACGCGUUUGGACGAGACCAUACAGCGGAAACUACACGGCCAGCCACUAGUGCAGAACAUAGUGGUUCGCUACAUCACGGACCAUGUCGACAAAUCCCCGGAAAGAGCCCUGGCGAUGUCCUUCCACGGCCUGCAAGGAGUGGGGAAGAACUACGUCGGAGGGAUGAUCGCCGACAGCCUCUUCUUAGAUGGACUCAACUCCCCCUGCGUCCGCGCGUUCACCGCCACAAAGCACUUUCCUCAUCACGAUUCUGACAACAUCAAGGGAUAUAAGGACAUGUUGCACCGACUCAUCCCCGAGGCCAUCCGGAGUUGUCCCCGAACUCUCUUCAUCUUCGACGAGACCGACAAGAUGCCAGAGGGUCUCAUCGACACCAUCAAACCCUACGUGGACGUGGGUCCAGUCGACGGACAGAACUUCAACAAGGCCAUGUUUCUGUUCCUGAGCAACACGGCGGCCGGCACGAUUACUGGAAAAUUCAUCGAACUUCGUAAGGGUGGAACCGAUCGGAAGGACUUCGGGAUCAAGCAGUUUGAAAACAUUAUCAAGCAGAGUGCAGAGACCACCGAUGGAACCGAUAAGAAGACGGGCCUGUGGCACGCCUCCCUGUUGAAGCACAGUCUGGUGCACGUGGUUCCCUUCCUCCCGCUCGAGCUGAAGGAGGUGAAGGAGUGUAUCGAUGACGUGAUUAAUGACCUAAGGGAUUAUAGGCUUACCGGGGAGAUGUGGGACAGAAUCUCGGAGGAGAUUUCCUUCCUAGAGACUGAUGGUGUGAAGUAUUCUGAGAACGGCUGUAGGGACGUCCGCAGCAAGGCACUUCUGCACCUGGGAAAAUAGAGACAACAAUACUCGCAGUUUACCUUCUGGUACAUUGUCACUAAGCUGUAAUAGCCAUGUUGUAACGUUCCAACAGUAGAGAGGAAUGCUUUAGUUUAGGUUUGGCUGUAUUUGGUAGCCUGUGUUUGCACGAUCCCUCACUGGCUACAGGUAAUUGACGGCAAUUGUCGGGUGGGCCAGCCGCUAGGAGCGCGCGAUUUAGCCAGGCUAUAUACAUGUAUAUGGAUUUUGUAGGGCUGUUUCCCAAUGGCAUCAUUACUUGUCGCUUCCGUAAAACGAUCAAAGUAACAAUUAUUUUUGUGCUUUGUAUAUGCAUGGCCAAGUAUUAAAUUCCGAU